AUGAACCGCCUGGCCGCCGGCAGCCGCGCGGGGCUGCGCUGGGCGCUGCGGGGGCCGCGGGGGCCGCGGGGGGCCCGCCCCGGCCUCGGGCCGCUCGCCAGGGCCAAGGCCUCGCUGCCCGGCGCCCUCCCGGCGGCCGACGCGGCCGAGGCCCCCGACGCCCGGCCCGGCGCCCCGAGGCUGCGGAGCCCCGAGGAGCUCUCCGGCCCCGGGCAGCUGCGCUUCCUGUUCCAGCUGCUGGUGCGAGGCUACGUCCUGCACCUGCACCGGCUGCAGGUGCUGAGCAAGGCCAAGUAUGGCCCGAUGUGGAUAACCCGUGUCGGACCUCAGAGCCAUGUGAACCUGGCCAGCGCCCCCCUCCUGGAGCAGGUGAUGCGGCAGGAGGGCAAGUACCCGGUGCGGAACGACAUGGACCUGUGGAAGGAGCACCGGGACCUGCAGGGCCUGGCCUACGGGCCCUUCACCACGCAAGGGCAUCACUGGUACCAGCUGCGCCAGGUCCUGAACCAGCGGAUGCUGAAGCCCGCCGAGGCGGCACUCUACACCGAUGCCCUGAACGAGGUGAUCGACAGCUUCAUGGCGCGACUGGACCAGGUCCGGGCAGAGAGUGCCUCUGGGGACCAGGUGCCCGACAUGGCUCACCUUUUCUACUACUUCGCCUUGGAAGCCAUCUGCUACAUCCUGUUUGAGAAGCGCAUCGGCUGCCUGGAGCGCUCCAUCCCCCAGGACACGGCGGCCUUCGUCAGCUCCGUGGGGCUCAUGUUCCAGAACUCGCUCUACGCCACCUUCCUCCCCAAGUGGACCCGGCCCCUGCUGCCCUUUUGGAAGCGGUACCUGGACGGCUGGGACACCAUCUUCUCGUUUGGGAAGAAACUGAUUGAUCAGAAACUCAGAGAGAUAGAGGCCCAGCUGCAGACAGCAGGGCCCGAAGGCGUCCAGAUCUCGGGCUACCUGCACUUCCUGCUGACCAGUGGGCAGCUCAGCCCCCACGAGGCCAUGGGCAGCCUCCCUGAGCUGCUGAUGGCCGGCGUAGACACGACCUCCAACACGCUGACGUGGGCCCUGUACCACCUGUCCAAGAGCCCGCAUGUCCAGGAGGCCUUGCACGAGGAAGUGGUAGGGGUGGUGCCCACGGGCCAGGCGCCCCGGCACAAGGACUUUGCUCACAUGCCCCUGCUCAAAGCGGUGCUGAAGGAGACCCUGCGCCUCUACCCCGUGGUCCCCAUAAAUUCCCGGGUGAUCGUGGAAAAGGAAAUCGAAGUUGGUGGCUUCCUCUUCCCCAAGAAUACCCAGUUUGUGCUCUGCCACUAUGUGGUGUCCCGGGACCCGAGCAUCUUCCCUGAGCCAGAGAGCUUCCAGCCCCACCGCUGGCUGAAGAAGAGCCAGCCUGACACCCUCGGGGUCCAGCACCCGUUCGGCUCUGUGCCCUUCGGCUACGGGGUCCGGGCCUGCCUGGGCCGCAGGAUUGCGGAGCUGGAGAUGCAGCUGCUGCUGGCAAGGCUGAUGCAGCAGUACAAGGUGGUCCUGGCCCCGGAGACAGGGGAGGUGAGGAGCGUGGCCCGCAUCGUCCUGGUUCCCAAUAAAAAUGUGGGCCUGCGUUUCCUGCAGAGGCCCUGCUGA